AUGCUAUUAGGAUUUUGCGAAGAUUAUAAACGUGUGAUGAUUAACACUCGUCACGAGUUGAUUUUAAUACGAUCACGCAAUGACAACAAUUGUCUAAUUGGCGAUCCAGUGCGGCAGCCGGAAAUCGAAUUGCUCAAAGUACAGUGGCGAAUGCCGCAUGUGUCGUUGAGUGAGAAAAAUAAACUGUCGAUGCAACGUGCACUAGAAAGUGAAAAAUACCUGAGCAUGGCUUUUUGCUCGUGGGAUCUGUACAAGUUUCCACUAUUGCAGCUCACAACAAAGCAUUCGUGGGCCAUCAAGACCGCUACUCAGCUCGAGAAACCGCGAUAUGUCAUCUUCGCUUUACAGACUGAUUGGAAAAACAACAUGUCCGAGAAUGCUAGUCGAUUCGACCAUUGCAAGUUAAACAACGUAAAACUCUACCUGAACUCGAAAUGCUACCCCUAUGAAGAUAUGAAUCUAGAUUUUGAUAGAAACAAAUGGGCUAUUCUCUACGACGCGUACGCACGUUUCUGUAAAACUUAUUACGGAUACGAUUAUCUCGAGCCUAAUUAA